AGACGCCAGCAGCGUGGCCCGGGAGGGCGGGGCGCUGACGGUGAGUGUGCGCUUUUGAGCGGCGGCGGCCCGAGCUAGUGCGUCCGCAGUGAUGAGCUACGACCGCGCCAUCACCGUCUUCUCGCCCGACGGCCACCUCUUCCAAGUGGAGUACGCGCAGGAGGCGGUCAAAAAGGGCUCCACCGCGGUGAGCCGGCCCGGGGCCUGAGCGACGGGGUGCAAAAGGAAGCGGGGCACGCAGACCUGGGCGCGGGGGCCGCGCUAUCUGCUGGCGGCGGGUGGACCAGGAGGUGACGGGAGCUGAAUGGUGACGACGUAGGAAGGGCACCAGGUCGCGGGGACCGCGCCGCGCUUCCCGGAGAGCCGGGCGAUUUUUUCUGGCUUCCCCACUGCGGAGCAUCUAGGCGAGCGCAUCCCCGGGGCUGGGCCGGGGCCAUCUUGGUGCUGUGCGCGCGGCGCGGACGGCGGAGGCCGCAGGUGCGCGCGGGCGGCGGGAGGCUGGCUGUAGCCGGCGCCGGCGGGGACUUGGGGAUCUGCGAGCUAGGCCCAGGUGGGCGUUGUGAACAAAGGGCGAUUCGUCGGCCCUGCGAUGGUGACAGGCUGCUUCCGGGUCCGCAUGCGCCACCGACGCCGUGUUCUGGUUCCGGUGGGCCCUUCUCACCGCGCCCCAGUUUUGUUCAGUCCUUAGCACUGUUUGGAAAAGGACUCCCCACACCUGUAAGCGCCAGCAGUGAGACAGUUUUAGUUUUGGUUUUUGUUUUUCCCGAGUCACCGGAUCUUCCGGAACACACGUGGUUCCGAGUCUUGAAACGCUUACAUUUCCCAGGUUGGUGUUCGAGGAAAGGACAUUGUUGUUCUUGGUGUGGAAAAAAAAUCAGUGGCCAAGCUACAAGAUGAAAGAACAGUACGAAAAAUCUGCGCCUUGGACGAUAACGUCUGUAUGGCCUUUGCAGGUCUCACCGCUGAUGCAAGGAUAGUCAUCAACAGAGCCCGGGUAGAGUGCCAGAGCCACCGGCUGACAGUGGAGGACCCAGUGACUGUGGAGUACAUCACCCGCUACAUUGCGAGUCUGAAGCAGCGUUAUACACAGAGCAAUGGGCGCAGGCCAUUUGGUAUCUCGGCCCUAAUUGUGGGUUUUGACUUUGAUGGCACUCCCAGACUCUAUCAGACUGACCCCUCGGGCACAUACCAUGCUUGGAAGGCCAAUGCCAUAGGCCGGGGCGCCAAGUCAGUGCGUGAAUUUCUGGAGAAGAACUACACAGAUGAUGCCAUUGAAACAGAUGAUCUGACCAUCAAACUUGUGAUCAAGGCACUGUUAGAGGUGGUCCAGUCAGGUGGCAAAAACAUCGAACUUGCCGUCAUGAGGCGGGAUCAGCCGCUCAAGAUUCUAAAUCCUGAAGAAAUUGAGAAGUAUGUUGCUGAAAUUGAGAAGGAGAAAGAAGAAAAUGAAAAGAAGAAGCAAAAGAAAGCAUCUUGAUGAAGAGGCACUGGUCAGAGCAGCUUUGAGCCUCUAUCCGGGCAAGCCUCGGUGCUGUGGGCCUUGUGGCCAUUUGUCCGAGUUCAAUAAACUACUACAUUUUUUAACUCUGUG